GUAAACACAUCAUAGUUUGGAAAACGAGAAAGAAAAAGAAACGUGGCCCGCAGGCUCGAACGUCGACACACGUCCUUAUCGGCGUCCUUGGUAGCUCUGUCAGUGUGCUGAGGAGGACGGAGGCAAACUUGGUUAUCGCGGUGACGUAGGGCUCCUCGCAGUAUGCUUCGGCCUUUCAUUUCUACCCCACACAUGGCAAUGCACCGACAUAUCUCUUACCGCUGAGAAGAGAUAGCCGGGGAGAGGGGUUCAUGCCACCAGUAUGCUGAAAAAAAGUUGAAAGAUGAAAGAUGAAAUUCACUGAAAAGCUAUUUAGCGGAUCUGUGGCAACAGCCCUUGAGUUCUUUGGUGGACGACCAGAGUGCAUCAAGCUGAAGGAUUGUCAGGCAACUGUAUCCUUCACUCGAAGGCUCAACACCCUGUUCGACUGCCUGAACAUUCAGCGAUCUCAAGAUGUCGCACAAGCCGGGCCAGGACGACUGAAUGUUAUAAAGGAGAGCAUCACAAGGCUGGAAGAGUGGUGUGCAUUCAGAUCUACUCUCGCUCCACAGCAGCAGGUGUGCUUCCUGAGCAAAAAGACAUGUGCUGCCCUAAGGGUGACCCUUCGUAGCACUGUUGCACUAGUGGAGCCACUGAGGGCCUCUGGAUUCAAGUAUGUUCUCACAAGAAAACUGAAUCAAGACCCAUUGGAUGUAAAGGCUUGCAGUAUACAUUUCUCUUAA